AUGGCUUCCACUACCAAGCGUGCCGACUUCGAGGCGGUCUUCCCUGGCCUGGCCAAGGAUAUUCUGGAACACGCGAAGCGGUACAACCCUCCCCGCCAACGCUCUCGAAUGUCGCUGUUUGCCAACACCCCCGGCGGCAAGCUUAACCGUGGCCUAUCGGUCCCCGACACCGGCCUCGCCCUCCUGAAGAAGCCCCUGACCGCGGAGCAAUUCGAGCACUUGAGCAUCCUGGGUUGGCUCACUGAGCUGCUCCAGGCAUUCUUCCUAGUCAGCGAUGAUAUUAUGGACAGCUCGAUCACGCGCCGUGGCCAGCCCUGCUGGUACCGCCAGGAUGGUGUCGGCCUUAUCGCCAUCAACGACGCCUUCAUGCUGGAGUCGGCCAUCUACCUCGUCCUGAAGCAGCGCUUCCGUUCCCACCCUGCCUACAUCGACCUUGUCGAGCUCUUCCAUGAGACCACCUGGCAAACCGAGCUGGGUCAGCUGUGCGAUCUAAUUACCGCCCCCGAGGACAAUGUCAACCUCGACAACUUCUCCAUGGAGAAGUACAUGUUCAUUGUCACCUAUAAGACUGCCUACUACAGCUUCUACCUACCCGUUGCUCUGGCUCUGAUCUACCUGCAGCUGGCUACCCCCGAGAACCUGAAGCAGUCGCAUGACAUCCUGAUCCCUCUGGGCCAGUACUUCCAGAUUCAGGACGACUACCUGGACAACUUCGGUGACCCCUCAGUCAUUGGUAAGAUCGGCACCGACAUUCAGGACAACAAGUGCUCGUGGCUGGUCAACCAGGCCAUUGCCCGCGCCAGCCCUGAGCAGCGUGCGGUGCUGGACUCCGCCUACGGCCGCAAGGACAAGGAGCAGGAGGCCAAGGUCAAGAAGAUCUUUGACGAGCUCGAGCUGGAGAAGGUGUACAAGGAGUACGAAGAGAAGGUCGUUGAUGAGCUGCGCACCAAGAUUGCCGCUGUGGACGAAACCACUGGCCUGCAGAAGGAGGUCUUUGAGUCGUUCCUGGCCAAGAUCUACAAGCGCACCAAAUAG